GUAACCAAAACUUAAAAGCAACAUACUUGCAAGCAUGGUACCACUUCGCUAGCCCAAGUGUUUACUAUGAUGCCCUCCAUGAAUUUUCAGUUGUUGGGGGUACUGUCAACUGAAUGUUUCGAAAAUUUCUUUUGAAUGAGUCAAAUCUUCUCAACAAAGUUCAUUCAAACAUAAAAAAAAAUUUAGAUUACUAGUUAAUAUAAGUUACGGUCAUAUAAUGUAACUUUAGGUAAUUAAAGCAUUAUGUUGUAGACAUGAGAAUUUGGGUUCGAUCCCAAACAACGGCUCUCCCAAUUUGGAUUUGAAUCUUCAAAGUAUCAAUGUGUAGCAAUCAAAAUUUUCUAUUAGCUUAACGUCAGCUUGGGUGUUAAAUGAUAGCUUGGAUCUCACCUGAAAUACAUUUAAAAUAGGUGGGUCAAAAUUUGAACAUAUGUAUAUCUACUACAUGGAUAACUUGGAUAUGGCUUGUUAAAAAAAAUAGACUAUGUCACUAAAAUUUUAAAAGGCUAUUUUUUAUAUUCCUAAAUAUAUUCUUAAAUAUAUGGAAAUAUAAAUAAUAUAUUCCUAAAAGAUAAAUUCCCAUAAUAAUAUCCUAAUAAUGUUAGACCUAAGUUUAAAUUUUGAUCAACUUUUUUUAAAUAUUUUCCAUUUCAUAUCCAAGUUAACAUCUAAUACCCAAGCUGACACGUAAGUUGAUGAAAAGAGCUAAAUUAUAUUUUGAGGACUCAAUUAGAAUGUUUUGAAGUUAGAGACUAAUUUAGAAUUUAAAACAUAGUAUAAGGGUGUCUGAUGAAAUUACCAUAGAAAAUACAAGGGUAAACUACACCCAAGAUCACUAAAUUUUUAAUAAGUUUAUGUUUUGGUUACUCAACUACACCCAGUGACUUAAAUAAAAACUUUCGAAUAGUUUGGUGAUCAUUUUGUAACUUUUUGAAGUUAAAUGACCAAAAUGUAAACAUACUAAUAAUUUAAUGUCCUUGAAUAUAAUUUAUCCAAAAUACAAAAUAAAUUAACUCGAAGAAUGGGCCUAAGUCCAACAAUGAAAACCCAUAUACCUGUCCACUCUAAAAAUCUAAAACCCUAAUUUCAAAAACAAAACUGUAAGAAAAAACCCUAGCGUCUCCCAUAACCAGCAAUUUGCGUCCGCCUUUGAUCUUCUGUAACCAUGAUGAAAAUUAAGACCCCAAAGAAAGGAAGAGUCAAAAGGGAAUUAGAUAAACGAGCCCCAAAGCUCGUGGAAACAGGAAAGAAAACACUGAUACUUCAAGGAACAAAGACUAGUGGCAUAUUGAAUAGUGUUUUGAGUGAAAUUUACCAUUUAAAAAAAGGUGGAGCUGUGAGGUUUACAAGGAAGAAUGAUAAUAUAAGGCCAUUUGAAAGUGGGGGUGAAACUUCUUUAGAAUUCUUUUCUCUCAAAACUGAUUGCAGUAUCUUUGUUUAUGGUUCACAUUCGAAGAAGCGACCUAACAAUCUAGUUAUAGGGCGAAUGUACGAUCACCAUGUAUACGAUCUCGUAGAGGUUGGGGUUGAGAAUUUUAAAUCCAUUGAAUCAUUCACUUAUGACAAGAAGAUAGCACCUCGGGUUGGAUCUAAGCCUUUCAUUGCUUUCAUCGGAGAAGGAUUCGAGAAUGUAGAUGAGCUGAAACAUUUGAAGGAAGUUUUGCUUGAUCUUUUACGAGGAGAGGUUGUGGAGAAUAUAAACCUUGCUGGAUUGGACCGUGCUUACGUAUGUACAGCAAUUUCUUCGAAUAAGGUAUACCUUACGCAUUGUGCCCUUCGCUUAAAAAAGUCCGGCACUGUAGUUCCGAGGAUGGAACUCGUUGAAGUAGGCCCUUCCAUGGAUUUGGUGGUUCGACGUCACCGUCUACCAAACGAAGGCUUGAGGAAAGAAGCGAUGAAAACUGCUAAAGAUCAACCUAAGAAGAAGGUUAAAAACGUUAGCUCAGAUGCAAUACAAGGAACUAUUGGCAAGAUCUACAUUCCUGACCAGAAGGUCGGAGAAAUGGCUUUACCGAACAAAGCUAAAGGUGUGAAGAGAGAGCGCCGAGAAGCUAAGAAUAAAGACGCAAACGAACAUGCCUCGAAAAAACAGAAGGAAGAAUCUGAGUAAAGCCGUUUUGCAUGCAUGUGUGCUAAGGCGUUCAACUAUAUAAUCUAGUAAUUUUUGCUUUACGGUUUUUAUGUUGGAUUGUUGCUUUUAUUUUAACCUUAAAUUUUAUUGAAAAAAGAAAGGCAAAAAAGAAUUCUGUAACAAACUGUUGGAAUGUUUUUGCCAUCCAAUUUUGGAAUAGAGGAGAAGCAGUGAAAAGUGCUCAAGUUAAAAAACAA